AUGACGACGGAGGGCGGCCUCGCGGAGAUCCCCGCGGACCGCGAGGCGUUCCUCAAACUCGCGCAGUACCCUCUUAUUAAACACACGGACAUGGAGAGCGAGAUGCGACAGGAGGCGGUGGAGAUUUGCGCGGGCGCGGUGGAGAAGUACUGCCAGCCCGGCGUCGAGGACGCGGAGAAGGCGUCGCAGCUCAUCAAAGAGAGCAUGGAUAAAAAGUUUGGCGCGCCGUGGAACGUCGUCACGGGGAGCUACUACAGCUUCGAGAUCACCGCGGAGGUGAAGCACUUGUUGUACGUGUUCAUAGGCGGCGCGACCGCGGUCGUGGUGUGGAAGUCGCAGUAG